AGGAAUUGAGCAAGUCUUAUGAAGAAGAGGCAGAGAGAGCAGCUCAAAAUGCGAAGGAAUUCCAAGAACGAACAACUUUUGCCAUCUCGGAGAAAAUCAACCAAUUGAAAGAAACAAGACGAAAGCAAAGUGUCACCCAAAAAGAAAAGAUGGACGACGAGAUUAGGUAUUGCUUCACAACUAGACGUAAUAAAAUUAAAUUCACGUUCAACGUUCAAGUACUUGAAUCUUUAAUGAGAUUUGUCAACAAUAUUUCGCCCGCAUGUUUCGACAACAGCUGUCUGCUUUAUUAAUUAAAAUGUUUUAUUUUCCUCCGGCAGUACCAGACCACCCAAGGGCUGGCUAUUAAAUCUAAAAGAUCGGGGGGGGGAUAGACCUUACUGCCAGAUUUUUUGCUUAAAAAGAGGGUGGGAAAGGGUAUUUUCGUGAGCCGUGAAUGGUCAAUAUUUGUUCGCGUGAAAUGUGAAAUGCUUAAUUUUAGUGUCGUGAAAUGUGAUUUGUUCCACAGCCGCGAGGCGUGAUUGUCUAUAAAAAUGUUCCGUGAAAUGAGAAUUAAGGAUGUCUGUUUCGUGAACUGUGAUUUUGCUUUGUUCAUUUCGAUCUAUUUUAUAAUACCGGUAGUCAUAAUAAACAUGAUACACAAGAGUAAAAACUUCGGAGGCCUUUCGGAGGUCGUCGUACAUGUUCGUCGCUGGCAAACUUGUACGUUAUGAUGUAGUUUUUAACUGACAGGUAGAGAAGUGAGAGAACUUAUAGCGUAGACACUGUACCAUGCAUUAAACAUACUCUUAAUAAACCUAUUAUUAUUAUAUUAUUUUAUUAGAAUCUAGUUUUCCGUGAAAUUGCUUUUUUAAGACACGUGAAUCGUGAAACGGCUUUUUUUCGUUGUGAAACGUGAUCUAUACCCCCCCCCCCCCUUUCCCACCCUCUAAAAAGUGGAUGAAGUAUCUCACUGAUUACUUUCUAGUGUUAACGAUUAAGUCGAGACAUAAUUCGCUCAGGGAUGAAUUUAAACCGUAAAAUAUGUGCAAUAAAGUUUGCAAAACUGCAUGGAUAGAAAUACAUUUUCACUUUAUUCGAACUAGCAGCACAGGGUAAACUUGCUUUGGCCCGUCCAGGGAUUUUUUCGGGGGGGAGGGGCUUGACCAGAAAUUCUGGCUACGUCACUGCGCCUACAUUAUUUUGUAACUUGAAACUUUGUUCAAAAAUGUUGCAAGAUAUUAUAUGAACAGCUUGCUUGAUUGCGUCGAACUGAGAGCUCGUUUUGAAUUUGAGUAUUAAAAUAUGGUUGUUGUUAAAACCGCCUUGUUUAUUGCGUGCUUCGUCGUUUUGUACGGGGAAUCUCAAGCUUUUUGCAGCGGAAACAGCGAUUGCUCUGGAUCACAAGUGUGUUGUAAUUACGGGGAAUGUCGCGAUAGCUGUGUUGGAUACGAUUGCGUAUAUCACUCAGACUGCGGCGGUCUUAAUGAACACUGUUGUGAUUAUACAUGUCAAGACGGGGACUGUGGUUUAGCUGUUUGGAUUAUCGUCCUAAUUGUACUGAGUGUUCUUGGUAUAACUACUACAAUUGUUGUUGUUUUGUUGUGCUAUUGCUGUUCCUAUCGCCGUAGAUCGCCCGGUUUGAUAGUGUCGUCACCAGGAACAGUACCAGUUACAACAGCUGUUGUUAGUGGUUCAAUUGUUAAUUAUGGCGCAGUUUACCCUGUUGUUCAACCACAAGCAUAUGGUAGUCAACCACCACCAUACUAGCCGAACAAUAUGGACACAACAGUUAUGAAACUGUCAAUGGACAACAUUUUAAAUAAUAAUAAUAAUUUAAGUUGCCACCAUUACAACAUUUUGAAAAGAAAAAAGAAAUUAUUUACAAUAAUUAGUGAUAAUAGUGGCGAGGAAGCUUAAAAAUUAAAAAGAAACCUUAAGACUUAUGUAAAUUUAAGCAUCCUCAUUUAUCGAGGGUAUAUAUAAAUAUCAAAUAACAUUUCAAGAUUUGAUAAAUUAUGGAUAAUAGGAGUGUAGGUAUUAAUGGAUAAUAAAUAAAUAUAAAUUCACACCAUAGAUACACACUUGAUUCUAUUAGCGCACAGUAACAAAGAAUAUUCGUUCAUUUCGUUAUAAAUAUAUAUAAGAAAUCAAAAAAAUCAUUUUAAUGUAUAAGGUAAUUAUUUAUUUUAUAAUAAAUAAUUUUUUAAUUUUCUUUUAAAAGAAACAAAAUAAGUAAUAUUAAUAAUAUCAAUAUAGGUAGUGAGUUAAAAAACUUUGGACCCUGAAAUCUUACAGAAAAUUGUCGGAUAUUUGUACGACACAAUGGAGUUCUAAUGGCCAUCGCACUCCUUGUAUUAUAUGAGUGGACUUGAUAAUUUGAUAGAAACAUGUCAUUAAAUUUAUUUGGUAAAAUACUACUGCGAUAAGAAUACAUAAAUUUACCCAGUUGAAAUAGAAAAAUAUCGUUAACUUUAAGGAUAGAACAGUUCUUAAAUAAAGGUUCUGUAUGUGCAUCAAAUUUAUAUUUAUAUUUAGAAUUCUAAUUGCUCGCUUUUGCAGUAUAUUGAUACGAUGAAGAUUAUUUGGAUACGUUGAAGCCCAAACAAUAUUACAAUAUUGGAUAUACGGGUAAACAAUUGAAUAGUACAAAGUGAGUAAGGAUUUCUUAAGUAGAUAAAAACUGGCUCUUAACAUUAUUCCUAUGGAUUUAGACAAUUUACGUGCUACAUACGAAAUGUGUGAUUUCCAAGAUAAUUCCUCAUCCAACUACCCCUAAAAAGACAGUUUCUUUCACUUGCUCAAUAUAUUCAUUAUUAAUGAUUGUUUGAAAAGUAUAAUUAUAUUUCUUUUGUCUUGGUUUAAAUACAAUAAAUUUUGUUUUUUCUAAGUUUAAUGAAAGCUUAUUUGAUUUAAACCAGUCUGACAAUUUUCUAAUUUCAAUAUUCAAAAUAUUAGUUAAUUGUAUUGGAUCUUUAUUCGAAAUAAAUAAGUUUGUAUCAUCCGCAAAUAAGAUAAGCUCCAAUAUACUUGACACAUGGAUUAUAUCAUUCAUAUAAAUUAAAAAAGAGCAGCGGACCAAGGAUAGAACCUUGUGGGACCCCACAUUGUAUUUUAUUAGGACAGGAACAGUAAUCAUUAAAUUGAACUGAACGAAUUGUGUUCUAUUUGAGAAAUAACUCUUCAUCCAGUCCAAAGCUAAUCCACGAAUUCCGUAAUGGUCAAGUUUAUCAAAAAGAAUAUUGUGGUCUAAAGUGUCAAAGGCUUUAGAUAAGUCUAAAAAUACACCAACUGCAAACUCUUUUUGAUCAAUUGCUAGUGAUAUUUUAUCAUAAAGAUCCACCAGGGCUAAAGAAGUGGAAUGGUUUUUUCUAAAACCAUAUUGGUUUUCAGGCAAGAUACUAUUUUUAUUCAGGUAAUUUAACAUCCCGUUAUAUAUAACUCUUUCCGGAAAUUUCGAGAAACUAGGAAGAAUAGAAAUUGGUCUAUAAUUUGUAAAUAGUGUUCUAUCACCUGAUUUAAACAGGGGAAUAACACGAGCAAUCUUCAUUUCAUUUGGCACAAUAUCAUGAGUAAUAGAUAAGUUGAUAAUAUGAGUUAGAGGUUUAGCAAUUAUGUUUAUAGUUUGCUUUAUUAUUAACAUGGGAACUUUGUCAUGUCCAUAUGUUUUGUUUGAUUGAAAACGUUUAGAAGUCUCAAUGAUUUCAUUUUCUGUUGCCGGGUUAAAAAAUAUGGAAUUAGGGUAUUGGCCUACAAGAGAAUUUAGAUGAGAGUUAGGAGUAGAUUGUAUUCUUUUAGCAAGAUUUGGACCUAUAUUUGAGAAAUAGUUACAAAAUCUAUUAACAAUUUCUAUAGGAUCCGAAAUUUCAAAAUUAUCUACUUUAAAUGAUGAUGGGAAUUUCAAUUUUGACCGCUUCUUAUUUAUGACUUCAUUAAGUGUCUUCCAUGUUUGUCUACUCGGUAGAGAACAGCUAUUUUAAGCAUUUAUAAUUGUAUGUAGCAAGGACAACCUUAAUAUUAAUGCAUAUCGUAGAUCUUGUUAUUAAAAACAUAUUUUAGGUCGAGUGAAAAUAAUAAAUAUUGCGUGAGUUCAUAUAAUUGGACCUGUCACAUUAUGUAUCAAAAUAUGGCAACUAUACACGCGAUGCAACAGUUAAAACUAUGACGUCACAGUCUCCUAAACACUUGACCUUUCCAAUAUGGCGCAUUUUAAUGGCGGCUGUGAAAAUUCGAACUUUAUCUUCGUAUAAGUGUGUCAGGAUUUGAGAUAUUGCAGUAAAAUUUUGCGAGAAAACUUCUUUAUACACCUACUCUAUACAAUAACAGAAAAAACACAGUAUCACUUUAAGAAAGUAUAAUCUGUAAUGUCCUUCAAAAGAUCCAAAACAAAAAAACAACGCAAAUACCGUGUUUGUUAAAAGAUGAGUAAUAAUGAUUCCGUAUCACUAUUUUUAGGCGAAUGGAAAGAGAGCUCGAAAAAGAGCGGGAGCGCGAAGCUCUACGUUUGGCAGAAAGAGAAACAGAACGUGAAUGCAGGAAACGAAAACAAAGCGAGGAAAGAGAAGCCAAGAGAAAAUUGGAGAUCGCACAGCGAGGACAGGCUGAACCGGAAAAAGAGGUGAGCCCGUCAUAUCUUGGGGUAGAUUCGGUGCACUCCCUACAAUAUCCAGCAUUGAAAUAAAAAUCAACAUCCGGCCACCACUGCCAUUAUUAUAUUUCUAGUUUGUAUGAACUAUUUGACAGAAGGGAAUCUAUUGCUUACUCACUCCUAAAUAUUCGAUGGGACAAAAUUUGGCUGAAGUUGAUAUAAAUUAUAUAAGUGUUACGGGAACCACUGAGUAUUUUGAUAAAAUACAAAACAAUAGAUACUCCGAAAAUUGAAAGCAAUUUGAAAAAUUUACUUCGACGUUUCGACUAAACUAUAGUCAUCAUCAGGAAAUGAAUGAUGAUGAUAUUACAUAUGUACAAGUAUAUAUAGUGAAGUAACAAGAUACGAUUAGUUAUCGAUCAUUCAUUUCCUGAUGAUGACUAUAGUUUAGUCGAAACGUCGAAAUAAAUUUUUCAAAAUGCUUUCAAUUUUCGGAGUAUCUAUUGUUUUGUAUUUUAUAUAAGUGUGUUGUGCAUAUUAUAAUAAAUUUAUGUUUUUGUUUGUUUCCAGCGUCUUCUGAAGGAACACGAAGCAAACAUGGCGAAAUUCCAAAAACAUUUACAAAGCGAACAAGAACGUAUGAAAGCUGCUCUGAAAGAGAAACUGGAAGCGAGGAGAAGAAAACGAAAAGAGUCUGGUAUCGACAACGCUAAAAUAGCCUCACCAAAAGGCGAAGGUCGCAUGGAUGGUGUUCAACUUGCGCGUCACGAAUCUACGGCAGUAUCAAGCACUCCAAGCUCUCAAACUGGAAAAACUGCUUCUACAUUGGGGCAUACAACAAGUGCAAGUGGGUCUCCUGUUGUAACAAUUGGUCUUCCCGAAAACAUGUCGGAAAACGAUUGGUUAUCCCUGCUUAUAUCUUCUCCUGUAUUUGAACGAGUCAACGAAAUUGAAGAACUUUUGAAUCAAGGCAUUAUUGUGGGAGGAAAUGCAGUGGUGGGAGCAAGUCGAGGAAGGCCGUAUAUAGAUCUGAAGGAUGCACAAUGGCUCUGUUCCGGGGACUUAAUGCCGGUUGAUAUAAAUGAGCUAUCGCCGGCAAAUUUUGUGGUAUAUCGUUUUGGGGUGUUCGUGACACAGCUUUUAGAAAAUCGAAUGAAUGUACCUUCGGUGACAUUACUACUUGCUUCCAACCUACCUCCAAAUAACUACGAUAACAAUGCAUUCCGACAUUCAUUUUUCUACGAGCACAGUCGACAGAUUCUCUUUGUUCGUGAAGAACGGCUCCAUUCUGUUGGUGAUUUUGUUGUCGUCAUUAUGCAUUGUUUAGCGCACAUACUUGUGGACGAUCUGUCUGAUGAUCAGAAUCCGUUGUUUUUGCGAGCUUUCUACAAGGUAAGUGCAUUUCUGUGUGUAUAGCAAACUACAUUCAUGGGCAGCAUGGCGAUAUACUACUAGCGAUAAUCAUGUUCUAACACAGUAUCAAACGUUAAUAGCAAGUCGUGCGAGACACAUAAACACACGUUUGUCUCGCGUGAUAAACCUGACGCAUGCGAACAUGUAUCAUGUCGAAUCGAAAUUUUGUGAAAAUAUAAAAUUGUAGGAGGUUAUUACAGACUUACAGACUGUCGUACGUUGUUAUAAGAUGUUAAACCCUGAACGCCAUUCCCACCAUGACGCAAUAUUCCAGCUGGUUUUCAAGAUUCUAAAGUCAGAUAACUCCAUAACUAUAUAUAAAUCAUGACUACAUAAAAAUUACUCACCGAUAUGAUACUGAUUAAAACUAUAACAAGCCAUCUUACUUUUACUAGACUACUUAGUUCGCACGUUAUCUUGCUCAUGCUAAAUAUAUUUUCUCCCAGGCAAUGCGAAUAUGCUGUCAAGAUCUCUUCUUUGCUCGUGCUCGUUCCACUGAUGCGGCACACACUCUUGUUAAUGGCGCGACAACGAAUGGCAAAUCUCCUCUCGAAAAGGCAUUCCAACAUGUCACCUCAAUGCCUCAACGUACCAAUGUUGUCAGUGAACUGGUUAAUAUAAAAGUGACCAGUAUCAACGAUCUCGAUUAUUCACCAAAGGUACUUUAUAUUGAAUUGACUAAAUUCAUUCCAAUAUACCCUUUCGAUAGUUACGUCAUUUGGCCUGGGAGCCUCGCUCUGAUGAAUCGUGAGCCAAUCACCUUGCGUAAUUUAAUGAGAGCGAAGCUCCAAGAUCAAAAAGUAUGUGUGACGUAAUUAUGGAAAGGGUGUAGUGGGUGUAUUGCAGUACGAGCAAUUGACUGCAUGAUAGCCCUUGCCUGUCUCAUCAUAAAGGGUUUUUCAUUUUACAUAACCAGCACAUGGCAGUAUCCUAGUGUAUAUACAUGAACUUGUGGUUAGAGCUCGACAACUGGCCUUUGUAGAGGGCCGCAGGUUCGAUUCCCGCCAGGGACCUAAAGUUGUAUUUUUCGCAGCUGUUCCUGGUUAGGUCUAAUAAAUGUAUAUAAAUUUCCACUCGAUAAUUUCCAUCUACAAUACCCUUCAACUAUUUUCAUUUGCAUGUCCACGUUGACGGAAUUUCCUCAUUAAUUCAUCGUGCGCUUUCGUUUAGGCUAUAAAUAGACGUGUAAUUGACCAAAACUCGUACAUGGAUAAAGCGAAACUACGAGGUUACCUGGCAACGCUGCAUAGUCCAACGAAAUCUACAAAAGAAUUUGCAGCUACCCGCUUACAGCAGUUACGAGGCACGAAAAAAGACACGUCUACCACAACUUUACAAAGGUAAGUCUAAUUUCACCAUCAAUUCUAAUUGGCUGUGCUAAAACAAUAAAAAUUUUCGUAUCACACACUGGAACUUCUCCAGGACACCCAAACACAAAGUUGGUUUAUGGUUUCCCGAAAUGUUAUAUAGUAAUUUGCGUUGAAAAGUCGUAUAAUGUGCACGCAAUCCUAUUGUCGCUAAAAUCGAAUGAACAACAUUACUGCCACCUAAAAUGCAUAGGCAAAAUUAUCGAAAAAGUUGGAAGCUAUAAGGAAAGUUAUUUGGGAAAUCGAAGCACAGAAAAAAGACUAUUUAAAGAGGGAAAAGGCUUACUGCUAUAAACAUAAAAUCACAUUGUAGAAUGUAGACAAGAAAACACUUGAGAGCAAGUAAAAGCAGAUUUAUUAUUUUUAAAAUACGGUUUAAAUUUUCCUUACCAUAAAGUCUUCAGAUUGUAUUUUACUAUUUUGUAGACUUUGUGGCUCAUCGGGGAAAGAAUUUUCAACAAAAUCCCUUCAAAAUCUUUGCAACAUAAUAGUUCCCCACCAUUUUUUUCUCAACCGUGAUCCGUUACAUUACGGUCCCUGGUUGAGUAGCCACUGAUUGCAUAUGAUGAUAUACAUAUAAAUGUACAAUUUUUAAUUUGAAGUUUCAGUCGAGUUAACACUGUUUGUCGUUGUUAGGGCCAAUCAAAGAGCAAGAAGUCACUUCAAAACUCCAAAAGACCUCAUUCUGGCCCAACUCAACGAACUUCAACGACAUCUUGACGUGAAGAACGCCGAGCUUGUUCAAGUGGUUAACAGAGAAUCACAAUUGUUGAUGUCGGUCUCCGAAGAACAACAAUCAAACAAAGAUUUGGUAAAGAAUCAACUUGAUGGAUUUACCAUGAAGAAAGAAUUGUUGGCAAAGAAAAUUGCUUUUAUCGAAGAUGAAAUUACCAAGAAGAAAAAAGAAGCUGGUCUUCUGUAAAGAUAUUUUGAACUGUUUAAUAAUUUUUUUAUAAUCUUAAUAUGUUAUAUAGGUAAUAAUUAUUUAUUAAGUAACACUUUUGUACUAUUUUAUUUGAACAUCUUCGUACCAUUGUUUAAGUAGACUGUAAUUGCCACAAUAGCACAAUGUAUAUUUAUUCCUAAAUAACUACAGUAAACUUUUUCAUUACGCUAACCCCUACUACAAGAAGAACUGAUUUCCACUAGGGGGCGUAGAAUUUUAAAAUUUAAAAUAUGAAAGUGGCGUAAAUUACAGUAAUUGCAUGAUUAGCCUUUCUCACGAAGGCCAAAUUCGCCAUUUUGGGGCACUUUUUUGAAAACGACGUAAAAAAUCUAAGGGAUGUGAAAUAUAAUGAUUAUACUCACAAUUAUAGUUAUACUGUACAAAUCCCCUAUUCACUGCGUACAAUCUCAGAUUUGGAAAAGGCCAGUACCCCAAGAAUAUGGCGGCGUGAGAAAGGCUAAUUACAUUACGACUACACUAAAGACUAUGUAUAAUUAAAGUAUUAAUUAAUAGAUAAAUAAUCAGGAUUAUUCCAUUCAUUGACUUAAACCGACAAGGUGUCGCAAUAGUUGUAUAUUAAUUUAAAGGCAAUGAGAGAUUUCUUAUUGUUUAAUUUGUCUGAGAGGCGACAGUUUUCUCUUCCUAUAGUUUUUAGAUGCGAAGUCAAAGAGUUCUUAAGGUUAUAAUAUAGAAUAUCAUGCUAUUUUUGUUAAUACCAUAGUAUUAGCCAAUACUAGAUUCAUGAAUAUCAGUGAUACCACUACAACCACAAUGCAAAGC